AAGAAGCAGCUUAUUCAGCCGCUGUGCAGAGCUGAUAUCAGAGGCUGCUGCUGGUACUCAGAGUCUUCGUCUUUCGAAAGGCAGCAAAGAGGAGACUGACGUUUUGGUGCCUGGUACGCCUUGCCUCCUUGAUCUCUCAUUGCGGCUUUGCCUUUGUGGUGGUCAAGAUGAAGAAGACAAGCCUCUGGCCUCUUGCGCUCCUCAGCCUCUCGGGAACUCUGGCACAGACAAGCUUGGACGGGAAAGUGUUCGUGUUCCCAAAGGCUUCAGUGGAUUCCUACGUUCUCCUGAAGCCCACCCUGGAGGAGCCGCUGCAGAACUUUACCGUGUGCCUCAGUUUCUUCACUGACUUGACCCGCCAAUUCUCCCUCUUCUCUGCCUCUUCUAGGCAACACGACAACGAGAUCCUCCUCCUCAGACUCCCAGACGAAUUUUACAUCUAUGUGGGUGGUGAAACUCUCACUUACAAGGUGCCCAGCCUCACAGAGAAGAUUAGAAGCCUCCACUGGGAAACUGCAUGCGCGACGUGGGAAUCGGCGACUGGGAUCGUUCAGCUUUGGCUGGGUGGGCAGCCCUUGCCGCGCAAAGGAGUUGCCAAAGGCUACAGGGUGAAGACGGAUCUGGUGGUGAUGCUGGGGCAGGAUCAGGACUCCUACGGUGGCUCGCUUGAUGCCGGACAGUCCUUUGUUGGGGAAAUGGCCGAUGUGUAUAUGUGGGACAGUGUGUUGCCUCCAGAGCAGCUGAGGCGGUUCCAGAAGGACACGAUUCCUACGCCUUUAGUGGACUGGGCCGCUCUGAAGUUUGAAAUUAAAGGCUACGUGGUGAUGGAGCCCACCUUAUAUUAGGGCAGGAGUGGCAAACCUUUCACAGCCCGAGGUCCACAUUUCCUUCUGGGGGGCCACGUGCCAUUGGUGGCUGGGGCCAGAGGCAGAAGUGAAAGGAGCGAUGAAGGUAUAUGUUACCUUUGUCCCAUAAGUUAGUUUCUACACACACUCACACAUAAUAAUAAUAUAAUAAAAAAAAUAAUAAAAUUUUAUUUCUGGGUUGCCUAUCUGGCCGGGUCACUCUUCUCUAUCUUCAUCCAGACAACAAGAUGCAUCAUCAGAGUUCAAGAACGCAUCCCAAGCCAGACAGAAACACUGUGCAUGCAAUACAGUAGGAUGGUGUUAGGUGUGGCCUAGGGAGAGGGGAUGUGGUGUGGGGAGGGUUCUAAGGCCAGAUAGAGUGGCCUGGAGGGCAACAUCUGUCCCACUGGCUCAAGGUUCUCCGGCCCCAUAUAAAGGCCUGAAAACUAAGAGUGGGCAGGUGGGACAUUCUUCAUGAGCGAUGGCAUGUUAGAGACAUGCAAACAGAAUUUGGGCUAGCCAGCUGUGCAUGACCCAAAGAGCGAAGGAAUAUCUUGCCCAGAAUUCACAAAACAGGGGUGGGUGGUUAAGCCUGUGGUAGUCACUAGAAACAGGCUCACACAUGGUCAGUGUGCUGUUUCUGGCUUGCUGGGAGUUAGCUAUAAUAUGUUACUUUAGAUCAGGGACAGCCAAUGUGGUGUUCUUCAGGUAUAGCUGGUGUCGGGCUUCUAUCAGCCCCAGAGAGCAGAGCCAUUGAUCAGGGAUGAUGGAAGUUAAGUCCAACAACAUCUGGAGAGCAUCACAUUGGCUACCCCUGGUUUAGAUCAUCCCACAUCCCUGCUGUAUCUGAUACUCUUCUUGAUGAUGGUGCGAUUAUAGUUUAGUGGCCUCUAGUAUAUAUUUUUUUUCCUUUUUCUUGCUGUGGUUCUAAUUCUGCGCCUGGUUGCCUCAAGAUUGCUUAUUUCUUUUGUGCAUUUUUAUGGAAAAGUAGAGAAUUUUGUAAAAUGUUAUGGCUGCGAUAGGGAUGGAAUCCUCUUUUUGGCAUUGAUCCGAUUGCAUUCCACUAAACUGGCAGGGCGUUAUGUUCCGUAUUUGAGUCUUUUCUGAUGUCUUCUACUCUUAUCAGUUUGAUUCCCCCCCCGCCCCGCCGGCAGACAAAACUAACAUGGUUAAUGUUAUUUUUAAAGUUUCUGCAGUGUCAGAGACAGCAGCUGAAAGAACAAAAACCGCCCAGACAGCUUCAGCUAUGGGGCACUAUACAAAUGUAAUAAAUAAACAAACAUAAAUAAAUAAAUAAGAACACA